AUGGACGCCCUCAGGUUCUCCAAGCGGCAGUCGCAGGGCGAAGCCCGCGACUCCAGCACGGAGACGGCAUCACUCUCUGGCAUGGUCUCAACUUUCGUGCCAGUCAUAAUCACUGCCACCGUGCUCUUCACCAUCUUCCUUAUUCUGCGCAGGAGCAAGCGCCGCUUCUACGCGCCCCGAACCUAUCUAGGCAGCCUGCGUGAGCAGGAACGUACGCCCGCCCUGCCCAACGGUCUUUUCAACUGGAUCGGCGCCUUCUGGAAGAUUCCCGACAUCGUCGCCCUUCAGUCCCAGUCUCUUGAUGCCUACCUCUUCCUCCGCUUCCUGCGCAUUUGCGCUACCAUCUGCCUCGUUGGUCUCCUUAUGACAUGGCCCGUCCUGUUCCCCGUCAACGCGACAGGCGGCGGCGGCCAGAAGGAACUCAAUAUCUUGAGCAUGUCAAACAUUGACAUCACCAAGUCUUCAAACAAGAACCGCCUCUACGCGCACGCGUUCAUCGGCGCCCUCUUCUACGGUUUCGUUAUGUACACCAUCUUCCGCGAGUGCAUCUUCUACAUCAACCUGCGCCAAGCUUUCUUGCUGUCGCCCACCUACGCCAAGCGCAUUUCCUCGCGCACCGUCCUGUUCACCUCUGUGCCUGCCGCCUACCUCGAAGAAAGCAAGCUGCGCAAGCUGUUCAGCGAUUCGGUGAAGAAUCUCUGGAUCGCUGGCACCACGAAGGACCUUGACGAGCUCGUCGAGGAGCGUGACAAGGUUGCCAUGAAGCUCGAGGGCGCCGAGGUCAAGCUCAUCAAGGCCGUCAACAAGGAGCGCCUCAAGGCCAUCAAGAAUGGCGCUUCUGCCGAGAAGCCUGCUCCCUCCAACGACGCCGAGCCUGGUCAGGUCGCCGCUCGCUGGAUUCCUCAGAAGAGCCGCCCUACCCACCGCCUGGGCAAAUUCGGUCUCUACGGCAAGAAGGUUGACUCGAUCGAUUGGGCUCGCGCUGAGCUCCAGAGGCUCAUUCCCCAGGUCGACACUGCUCAGGCCGAGUACCGUGCCGGCAAUUAUGCCAAGAACGGUGCCGUUUUUGUCGAGUUCUACACUCAGUCUGACGCCCAGGCUGCCUUCCAGGUCCUCACCCACCACCACGCUCUCCAUAUGAGCCCCAGGUACAUCGGUAUCACCCCGGGCGAGGUCGUUUGGAAGUCUCUGUCCAUCCCGUGGUGGCAGAAGGUAGUCCGCAAAUACGCCGUCACCGCCUUUAUCACAGUUCUCAUUCUCUUCUGGGCCAUUCCUGUUGCUGGCGUUGCCAUGAUCUCUCAAGUCGACACCCUCAAGAAGGUCAGCUUCCUGACAUGGCUCGACAAGAUUCCCAAUAUCAUCUUGGGUCUAGUCGGUGGCCUGCUGCCCAGUGUUGCCAUGGCGAUCCUGAUGGCCUUGGUUCCCAUCAUCAUGCGUCUCUGCGCCAAGAUUGCUGGCGAGCCUUCUGCCUCGCGUGUUGAGCUCUUCACUCAGAACGCCUACUUCUGCUUCCAGCUCAUCCAGGUCUUCCUCAUCACCACGAUCUCUAGCUCGGCCGUGGCUGCUGCCCAGCAGAUCGUGGAUGAUCCUAGCUCAGUGUUCGACAUUCUUUCCGAGGCUCUGCCCCGUUCCUCCCAGUUCUACGUCUCGUACUUCAUCGUCCAGGGUCUGGGUAUCGCUGCUAGCGUCGUUUCCCAGGUGGUUGGCUUCAUCAUCUUCACCCUGAUCUACAAGUUCCUCACAAGCACCCCCCGAUCCAUGUACAACAAGUGGGCCCAGCUCAGCGCCAUCUCCUGGGGGUCUGUCAUGCCGGUCUACACCAACAUCGCGGUCAUUAGCAUCGCUUACGCUGUGAUUGCGCCCAUCAUGCUUUUCUGGUCGACAAUCGGUAUUGGCUGCUUCUACAUGGCGUACCGCUACAACAUCUUGUUCGUUACGGAUACGAACAUUGACACGAGAGGCUUGAUCUACCCUCGUGCGCUCAAGCAGCUCACCUGCGGCGUCUACCUUGCGGAAAUUUGCAUGAUUGGCAUGUUCUCCGUGAAGAAGGCUCCCGGUCCUGUCGUCAUUGCCGUUGUCCUGCUCGUUCUCACGAUUCUGGGCCACAUCACCUUCGCCAGUGCCCUCAACCCCCUGCUCUACAGCCUCCCCCGUACGCUGCAGGUCGAGGAGGAGCUUCUCCUGACCGGCGACGUCGAAGCUGCGGCUGCCGGAACCAACGGCGAGGGCGCUGCUGGCACACAGUCCAAGGCUGCCAUUUUCAAGAAGGUCCUUCCUGGCAACGGCGACAACGUUGUCGAGAAGCGCGGCAACAUCAUCACACGCUGGCUCAAGCCGUGGAUCUUCGCCGACUACCACACCCUCCGUGCGCUGGUGCCCCACGACCUUGUCGAUGUCGACCAGCUGUAUUCUGAGCAGGUGGAGAAGGACGCCUACUUCCCUCCCUCUGUCACCAGCGCGACUCCUCUGUUGUGGAUCCCCGAGGACAAGGCUGGUGUCUCUCGUGAUGAGAUCAUCCAGACGAGCAAGGUCAUAGGCAUCACCGACGAGGGGUGCACGCUGGACGACAAGAACAAGCUUCAGUGGGACGCCGAGGGCGCACGACCACCCAUUUGGGACGAGAAGAUUUAUUAUUAG